UUCAACUACUGCACAUUAGCACUUCCGGCAGGCAUAAUAAAGAUCUCAUUGCUUUCAUGGUUUAUUCCGCUAAGAAAACCUCCAAAAGUCCAAAUUCUCAACAUUAUUCUCCAGAUUUCAGGCCAGAAGCCUUGCCAGAGAAUGCCUGAUACUUGCAGUGCCGUCGGCUGCAAGAAUCGACGGCAGAGGAAGCGCGCUACGACCGACGGAGUGGAGCUGCAUUUCUACCGGAUUCCGUGGGGUCGCACACCGCAGAAGAUCGAGAAACGACGGCUGUGGAUGCAGGCCAUAUGCCGGAAGAAAUUGCCUGAACACGCUCGGAUCUGUAGUGCACAUUUCGUAUCAGGUGCAGCUUCAGAUGAUCCUAAGGAUCCGGAUUACGUCCCAAGUCUUUUUUCCUACAACAGCAACAUCCGUCACCUGCCGCAAACAUGUACGCACAUGGACAAGUGCUGCGUUCCUAACUGCUGCAACGAUUCCCGUUACAACCAAACCCAGAGUCUGUCGUUCCAUCCGUUUCCCAAGAGUCUUGAACUUAAGCACCGAUGGGUCCAAAAAAUCACAGUGAAAUUCGGCAAGGAUUUGCAGGUAACCAAAGACACCAGGAUUUGCUCAAGGCAUUUUCGAAAGUCCGACAUCGUCACCGACGAGAGCGGGAUGAGAGUUGUGAAGCCUCGAGUCUUGCCGUCCAAGUUCCAGCUCUCCAGGGCGUACUCGUUAAUGACUGCUUUGGGAUCUGACGUCGCUGAUAGCAGUCUUACUGAAGGCACGGUCCAAGACACAACUGGUCCCAGCGUCCACAAGCAGGAGGCACCAGAUGAGCAAGAAUCGGCCAACAUACCAGCACAGACUUCAACAUGCGGUCUUUGGUCAUCCGACAAUGAAACCCAAGACGUUCAGACCCAGCUUCAUCUUGCCAGUGACAGGAUUAAUGCUCUGGAGUCACAGUGCAAAACGCUGAUCAGCAAACUGUUCUUCCUGGAGAGGUUUUCCAGCGACUCGGAGUGCAUCGAGUACUACACCGGCUUUGCCGAUUACGAGACACUGAAGGCCGUUUACAUGGCCCUAGAUCCCCUGAGUAAAAGCAAUUCCUUACGAUGGACCGAGGUACGGAGAUAUUGUAAUCUAACGAUGGGGACAACUGGAGAUCUCGGAAUGCCGUUAAAACUUAUCGAUCAGUUCUUCAUGUUUCUGUGCUACGUGAAGCAAGGCUUCCACGAACAGGAUCUUGCCGUUAGGUUCAACCUGUCGGUCAAGUCCGUCACCUAUAUUCUGUUGGUGUGGAUCAACUACCUGUUCAUCUCAUUGCGCAAGUUCCAAAUCUGGCCUAGCAGGAAGGCCGUGGAUGCGACCAUGCCCGCGUGCUUCAGGACGACGUAUCCAAGCACCCGGGUAAUCCUGGACUGCACAGAUGUCACGGUUCAAAUGCCUGGAACGGAGAUUCCAGGACGCGACAGUUCGGACGUCAUCCUCACCUUCAAGGGCCUGCUUGGCAUUAGCCCCAACGGAGCCGUCAUAUUUGUGAGCAACUUGUACGAUGGUUGUAUCUCAAACUACCAAAUCACUAAGUCAUCUAGAAUCUUAAACCUGAUUGUGGACCCUUGUACCGUCCUGGCACGCGAAAGCUUCCAGAUCCCAGACGUCCCUAGUACCUACAAGUCUCCCAUCGUAGUCCCCUCAUUUUGGUCGCGUAACGGAGAAACGCACCCGACGCAGGAAAUGAGGGAGUUGAAACAGCACAUAGAGCGAGCGCUUGCCCACGUCCAGGAUUACCGCGUCUUCCGAACCAUUAUUCCCAGGAGCUUGGCGGAGUCGGCCAAUGAAAUGUGGAUGGUAUGCGCACUUCUGGCUAACUUCAAGACAAGUCUCUAUCCUGACUCAUCCGGCAUACGUACAUUGUAGGUUGAACGAAGACUUUGAUUGAAAAUGUUACUGGCCCACAAUAUAAGAUCCAGUACAUAUAUGACACUAAUUCAGUGACUUCAAAAGCUGACCUUGUUUUCAGAGGAAACAAAAAAUCGAACUACCCCGCUUCCCCUCACCUAAUUCAUCAUCUCCACUUUUCCUGAAAUGUAAAAAUUUGAUGAAACGCUCUACGGGGGAAAAACCCUAAAACAAAACCAAAAAAUACACCCUCUGAUAUGCCGUCUAAUUUCCAACUAUUUCAGGCAUUGAUUUCUUGAUUUUUGUUGUUGUUUUGGGGGGGGUUUUCACCCAUUAUCCAAGGAAGAUAGCAUAUACAUGUAAUAGUGAAUGUCUAUUUUAAUGAAUUGAAAUGGUACCAUUAACACAUAGAAUAUUAAUAUAUACAGGUCACAAAAGGGAAAGAAUGUUGCAACCUGACGCUGCUUUUUUCUUCAUAAAUUAUCUCAGUGAAGGACGGUCAUUGCAAAAAUGAUGAUAAGACAUGAAUCUUGGACUGAGAAACAUUUCCAAUUAUGUUAGGAAAUUCUGAAGUGGCGUCAGGUUGACACAUUCUUUCCCACAACAGUUUAUUUAUUGCUAAAGACCUUUUGAUAAACUUUGAAAUACAUACGUGUGUAAACAUUUUAGAUGACUAAGUGAGAAAAUGUAUAGAUUUCAACAUUUUUUCAGACUUGUGCGAAAUGAACAUCUCUUCUUCUGGUACAGUUGUUCAUUUGAGGUUUCAAUUUGGUUUUAGUAAUUUAUGUUACGUGUAUUUAUGCAUGAAAAACUUUUUGAUGAGUUACUACAAAAUGCUGCAACAUGUUUUAUUAGAUUUUGAAGCAUCGCUAGAUUAUGGUGCUUGAAAUAGGGGAAUGUGACACAGUAUUAAGCAGGAACAAUUAUUUGAUUGCAGAGCAGAACAGUGUUCAAUAUUUUGUGUUUUGGGAAAGAGUUGUUGAAAAAGUCAAAGGUAAAAUCAGUGGUGUCCUUGGAAUUAAAGAUCCUUAUGAAAUGUUACUCGUUUUUAUCUUCAAUGGACUGUUUCCACCUUACGAAUGUUUGUAAGUAUGCAUUGUUUCUGUACACCCAGUCAUGUGCAAUUUAGAGAAUAAAGAUGUACAAUAUUUCAUGAAAUAAAAUUUAAAAAUCUUGAAAA